AUGAGCAUCUCUCCGCGCCACCGCGCCAUCAGCCCGCCUACACCAGCACCGUCGCCACAACCCGACCUCCACACCUCGAUACGCCUCGCCAACAAUGCCGCAGCAGUAGCAGCAGCAGCUUCGUCGUCGUCAUCGGGCGCAGGCGCAUCGCAUGGCUUGGUCAUCGAUCCGCAUGAUCCAUCGCAGCUGCUCAAGCAUCUCUCACUCGUCGUGCCGCAGUACACGCAGUCCGCACGCUUCAAGCUCGUCUCAGAACUUGCGGAUCUCUUUAGCCUGCGCGAACUCGCCCAUCUCUCGUCGCUCAUUACGCCUAGGCUCAAGGUCGACUUCCUCUCGGCGCUCCCCAUCGAGGUCAGCCUCAACAUUCUCAGUUUCAUUGAUGACCCAAAGACACUCGCACGAGCCAGCUGCGUCAGUCGCUUCUGGAGGAGUCUCGUCAACGAUGAACACACCUGGAAGGUCAUGUGUCUUAAGCACAAGUAUCGCAGACGUGGUAGUAGCAAUGCUGCCAUCCACUCGCUCGAUGAUCGUCUUAUGCGCUCCAUGACCACCCCUUCGCUAGCGCACGCCCUGUCUACGCCACGCAUCACCGCCACCAACCUUGCCGGCUCUUCGACCGCAGCAGCAGCGUCGCAGAACACCAGGGGCAGCGUCUCUGGCUCGCUUGGCAUCCUCCUCGAACAGCCGCUCCGUGCUGACCCAUCCUCCAGCGACUAUGGGGACGAUAACGACGAGGACGAUGCAGCUGUGCUUGCAUCCUUGUACCAACGCUACCGAGACCGCGGCCUUGACCCUUCCAACGCCCUUCACGAGCUGCGCACCCUCCACGACCUCUUUCUCAGCAAGCAAGACGGCGCUCACGAUAGCCUCAACGGGCCCAUGUCCGAGGCCGAUCUCGCCUUUUACGCCCAGCUCGAGGAGAUCGUCCAGGAAGAGAGUCAUGCACGCUACGGAGACGAGCCCGCCCCGCUCGACGAUGCGAUCGCUGUCCAAUCCAGCCCGGCAGCGCUUGUCCCGGCCACUUCUUCAUCUAGCUCAAGGCUGCUGUUCACCCCGAACGCAGACGUUUCGGCCCCUUCCACCUCGUCUCACCUUGGAUGGUUGAGCGCAGGCCCAUCCUCUUCCCAGCAAUCCAGAGCAGUCGCUUCAUCGCCUCCACCUGCUGCGUCCUCGUCCAGCCCCGCCCUGAGUGGAGCGUAUCGAACUAGAGGCGGCCGUCUUGAUCGACUGCAAGGCUGGCAGCAGCACGCCACGCCGGCAGCUUACACCACCCCCCGACGCCCCAGCGAUGCUGAAGCCGAAGCGGACAGCAGUCGCCUCGCCAACGACUCGGACGAGGCGAUGGACAUGGACGAACAUGACGAUCUCGUCUCUACUAUCGCAGCUUCCACCUCCAGCGACGCACCCAACCUGCGUCCGAUCGGCCAGCCUCCCAAUGCACCCCUGCUAGCCUCUCUGCCGCACCACGACUCGCCCACCGGUCGAUUCUCCGCAUCCGUCGCAUCACCUUCUGCCACGAUACAAGCUGCUGCUCCCCCCCGAGGCACUGCAUGCAGCUCGUCGUUGGUGCCCGGUCCUCGUGAACCGCGCCGCAAUCCGGUCUGUCGCAAUGCUGCUGCACAGGGUCUCAGGAGGUCCGAAUCUGCUACUGCUGACAGGGACGAUCCAGAUGCGCUCGCUGGUCUCAAUCUGCUCGGCAGUCCCAUCUCCCGAUCGCCCGUACAGGAGCGCCAGUCCAACGCCGGCCCAUCGCGCCACUCGCUCACUCCACCAACGACAGCGCACGUUCAUCGCCAUCGAUCCGCCAAGUUGCCCUUUAGCUACCGCACUCACUUCAAGAUGGCCUACCUGACCGAGUCCAACUGGCGCAAAGGCGGUCGACUCCAGACGCAGCAUGUCUCUGCCGAUGCGGGCCACGUCGUUACCAGCUUGGCCAUCGACAGCGAAUGGAUCGUCGUCGGCAUGGCCAACUCCAAGAUCCACGUCUUUAGCGCAGAGACCGGUCUGUAUGCACACACGCUGCUCGGACACGAUGCAGGCGUGUGGUGUCUCACGCUCAUCAGCCGCACAGGCAAGAGCAAGAAGCACGCCGAUGCGCAGGCUGCGUCUUCCGAGCGAGGCAAGGGCAAGAUGGUUGUUACGGAUCCCGAGGAUGGCAGCGGUGGCAAGCCGUACCAAGCUGCUGCAGACGGCGAUCUGCGUCUAAUUCAUCAUGAUCCACGCCCUGAUGCUGCUGAUGUCUUGCUCUCGCCUCCCUCGUCUUCUGUCGAGCUGACCGAGGAAGACGUGUUUGGCGCUCGUAGACUGCCGUCGUCCGCCUCAAGCACCCCUGCAGCGGGCAAGGCGCGACAGACGUACGGCCACGGCGAGACGCUGCAAUGGUUCCACAAAGCUCGCCGUGCUCUGCGACGCCAGCAGAGCGCAAGGAGAGCUGCGGCAGCUGCCUCGACGUCCGGCGAAGAAUCGCAUGCUCUGUAUCAUACCAUCCUGGACGAGCAGGACUGCAACUUGGCGGCAGGUGAAUCCGAUGCCGAUUUGUCCAUCCGCUCCGAGGGGCCAUCGCUGGUGCACCGCGAGCUGCGUUCCUCGAGCAGAGCACACGCCCAGCGCGAGAAUGCCCGAGCUAUCGCCGAAGCAGAAGCAGGUGCCAUUCGCGACGCUAUCAUGGCCGAUGGUACGGGCCAAGUGCCACCCGAGCUAGCUGAAAAGAUUCGUCAGGAAGGCGAGAAAGCGUCCCAGGCGGCUGCGGCUGGUACUGCUGCUGCUGCUGCGGAUGCGGCCGGCGAUGGUGGUGGAGCUGGUGGCCGAGAGCGUGCACGCACAUCGUCGGCUUCUGGGUUUACUGCUACCACGACGCAGCUGACGGGUAACGCGCUUGGUUUGGGCAAUCCAUGCGGCAGCGUUCUGGGCUACGGGAAUGCAGAUGCGGUUGUGGUGAGCGGCGGCUGCGACCGCGACGUUCGCGUGUGGGACCUGCGCACGGGCGAGUGCAAGCACGUGCUGCGCGGCCAUACUUCAACGGUGCGCUGCCUCAAGGUGCUCGACGGCAAGCCGAUUGCCGUGUCUGGUUCGCGCGAUUCGACGCUGCGCGUGUGGAACGUCGAGACGGGCGAGCAUGUGCACCUGCUUGCGGGCCACCAGCACUCGGUGCGAUGCAUCGAAGUCGCGGGCAACAAGGUGGCUUCUGGCAGCUACGACGGUACCUGCCGUGUAUGGGACCUGGACACGGGCCGAUGCCUGCACACGCUCCGCGGUCACAUUCACUACAUUUACGCUGUCGCGUUCGACGGCAAGCGUGUGGCGACGGGUUCGCUCGACUCGACGGUGCGCGUAUGGUCGGCCGAGACGGGUGAUUGCCUGGCGCUGUUCCAAGGCCACACGUCGUUGGUAGGGCAGUUGCAGUUGCUGGACAACACGCUGGUCACCGGUGGCUCGGAUGGACGUGUGAUCGUGUUCAGUCUCAAGACGUACGAGUGCUUGCACCGGCUGUGCGCGCACGACAACUCGGUGACGUGCUUGCAGUUCGAUGAGCGGUACAUCAUCACGGGCGGCAACGACGGGCGGGUCAAGCUCUGGGACUUUACCACGGGCAAAUUUAUCCGCGAGAUUUGCGAGCCGUGCGAGCAGGUGUGGAAGGUGAGCUACCGCGACGACAAGGUGGUGGUGCUGUGCAAGCGCGGCGAAAAGACGUGCAUGGAUGUGAUCACGUUCCGACCUGCUGCCGACGAGAUGUGA